AUUAAAAUCCUUGCAGUGGCUUGUUAUCUCUUCUCAUCAGGACCAACCAAGCUCACCUAUGGAGCACUAGAUUUUGGUAAGUAAAUACCACACCUUGAAAUCCCCGAUUUUCCUCGAUUGUGUAUAAGGAAUCGCUGAUUCUAUUCCUUCAGGAAACAAAUGUAUUGAAUUUAGAAAAAAAUGAAAAAAAGAAAAAAUGAAGCUGAGGAGAAAAGCCUGUAGCCUGUGGGCAAUAUCUUGGCUUGGGUUACUCAAUUGUGUGUAUUGUGACUGCUCCAUAAAAACACUGGCAGCAGUCCUGUACGGUUGGAUUGGAUGUCCAUAUUCUGUCCAGAAAAACAAAACAGUGUGUAUAUCCUCCUAAUACUCUAUGUCGAUAAAAGGAAAAAAUAGUGAACCAUGUGUUCUGGGGGAUGUUUUUUGUGUGCGCAAUUUUUUUUUUGUU